AUGACGGAUGGGGAAACUGAGGCUGUGGACUCCACCCCACAGGGCCCGGUCACCUUCGAGGACGUGGCCGUGUACUUCUCCCGGGAGGAGUGGACGCUCCUCACCCCCGCCCAGAGGAGCCUGUACCGGGAGGUGAUGCUGGAGAACUUCGCGCUCACCGGCUGGCUGGGGUGUCCCCGGAGACUGAACGACGCAGAGGCCCCUCCGCAGGCGAGGAGCUGCAGGAUCCACCUGUUGGAGAGGCACCCUCGGUGUGGGGAGCCUGAGGAGGACGGCCCGGCCCCGCCCGGCCACCCCCGGCACCAGGGCACCCUCGGUGAGGGGAGGCCGUACGGCAACAUGGGACUCCAGGAGCCCUGGCGCCAGCAGCGGGGAGUCAGGUGCAGCGGCUGCGGGACAGCCUUCCCGGAGGCCUUUGCGCUCCUCCACCACCUGGUAACUCGCUGUGAGGAGAGACCCUUCGGGUGCCCCAAAGGCAGAGAUGCCCCCCAGGAGAACGGGACCCUGGUUGGUCACAGGAAGAGCCCCACGGGAGGAACGCCCCACGUGUGCCACGAGUGCGGGAAGGCCUUCAGCUACCCGUCGAAACUGCGGAAGCACCAGAAGGUGCACACGGGCGUCAGACCUUUUGGCUGCAGCGAGUGCGGGAGAACCUUCAGCCGCAAAGACGCCCUCGUGCUGCACCAGAGGAUCCACACCGGGGAGAGGCCCUACGCCUGCGGCGAGUGCGGCAGAGCCUUCAGCGUCCUGUCCACCCUCAUCCGGCACCGGAGGGUUCACGUCGGAGACAGGCCGUACGAGUGCCGGGAGUGUGGGAAGUUCUUUAAGUACAGCCAGAGCUUCGUGCUCCACCAGAGAGUUCACACUGGAGAGAAGCCUUACGCGUGCACGCAGUGCGGGAAAGCCUACGUGACGCGCUCCGGCCUGUACCAGCACGGGAAGGCCCACACCGGAGAACGGCCCUACGGGUGCAGCCUGUGCGGGAAGACCUUCACCACCAGGUCCUACCGCAACCGGCACCAGCAGUUCCACACGGAGCAGCGGGCCCACAAGUGUGCGGAGUGCGGCAAAGCCUUCAAACACAGCUCCACGCUCCUGCAGCACAAGAAAGUCCACACGGGGGCAGGGUCGUAGGCGGCCGGGAUGGGGGAAGGCCUUUCGCCAGAGCCGGCCCCUUGCUGAACGCGGAAUGUAUCUCUCCAGGGAGGAGGUUGAGGAGCCAUUUGAGAGGUGAGCCAGGCACACCCCACACCCCCCGGGAGGGGGCGCGUGUGCGGGAAGCUUCCGGGAGCUGUGCUGCACGCUGACCUGCCCAGGCCGCUGCCGUCCCGCAGUCCCCAUGGUGGCAUCUGCCGCCCAGUGUGCUCAGGGACAGCAGACCUCCGUGCUCCCUGCUCCGGGUAGAACAGAGUCCUGAGUGUUGGAGCCCAUAUUGGGCGUUGCGUCCGGACUGGUUCAGGUGUGGGCAUCACCCCGCUGUGGCCAACGGUCACUAAGCAGUGCCCACUGGGGCGUGCGGGGAAGGUGAACGGUCUCGUACUGUUGACACUGCUCGGGGCACCCGUCGCUCUCACUGCUCCGGAGGGCACAGCAGUGAGGCCUUGUUGGCUUGGCCGGUGUGGCUCAGGGGGUUGGACAUCCCGUGCACCCAGAGGUUGUUGAUCCGAUUCUCAGUCAGGGCACGUGCCCGUUUGCGGGCUCGAUCCCCAGCAAGAGAGGCAGCAGAUCGAUG